UAGAAGAUUAUUAUGCUCUCACCCCGUUUGGUCGAAUGGUAACUUAGGGUACAGCGACCCGAUCAUGUGACGCGCAGUGAAGGUGCUGAUAUAUAUUCGCUAGCCUGCUAUAUGCAAAAAGCGCCUAUUCGAUGCCUCGGGAAGCUGAUGAGCAGACUUGAAAUCAGAUCGUAUUCUACACUUGUCGAAGCGAGUUGGACAGAUGGACACACCAAGAGAGAUAUUUUACCCGCUGGCAAACGUUUCGAGGGAUAACCUUGCCAAAGUAUGCAAAUAUCUAUGGGGAUGGACACCGUGUGAGCGGUGGAUUUGCGGGAAAGCGUGCCAUCAACCGUCUGGCUGUCCAUGUCGGCGCGCUGCAAAAUUAGAGCCUUUCUUUGAUUUCUACAGAGAAGCCACGGCUUGUUAUAUUCCGGAUUUUACUGGUGAUUUAUGCCCUGCCUUGAGAUCCCACGAUGAUCUCGUCGACAUCAUCGUCCUGCUCAAGAGCAAUGCGGACCAAGCACGAUCAAAGCUAACGACGAAAUAUUUCAGCCAGCGUGUUCAAAACGGGACUCAGAAACUGCCGACAACCGUUGACCAGAAUAGGGCUUUUGGCCUUGCUGCCCGUAUCAUCAGCAUGGUCCAAUGCUCUGCUGAGAACCAGUCUGACGGCUUGCUGGAAGCAGGAACGCAGCCUAGCACCUGGCAUAGUGAUAGAUCAUUUAAGGAUUUCAUGGAAUCGGUGUUUCAUAAAAGAGAACAACCUGCACUCAAUUCCAAUGACGACGUUGCCUUGUCUGCUAAGAUUCAUCUGGCCUCCGUGACGGCGAAGCGACUGAGGAAAGUCGCAAACUUGAAGAUCAUCCCUACUAAUGACCUCAGGAAUCAUCUGCUUCUUAAUGAUGCAGACGGUACUGUUGCCAUAUACCACUACACGGGCGUCCUGAAGGAACAUAUUCUCGCUAGUAGAGGAGAAGGGCCGGGGCAGACACCAGGGCAAUCCAUCCCUAUGGAAAACAUCCCUCGGCGAUUAGCUCUCGAGACACUCGACACCCUUCAAAAGGUGCUGUUCCCUAUUGACCCAGAGUCGCAAUCCCUACUUCGGUCACUCGUCGCCAAGAGCGAAUUCGAUCCGGACAUUCUUCGUCUCGAAUCCUCCUCCUACAGCGGACCGGGCGAGCAGCAAGUCGGAUACGAGUACUGGGGUUCCAGGCUCAUCGACUUGUACGAUGAAUUAGAGAACCCGACGCCCAGAAGCUACUUCGAAAAAUGGCUAGAGCGCAGGAGCGGUUCCAGACAUAUGAUGAUGGCAACUCUAGCCGGCGUUAUUAUCGCUAUCAUUCUUGGAAUAAUCAGCCUCGCCGUAAGCAUCUUCCAAGCCUGGGUGGGAUGGCAGCAGUGGCAACAUCCUGUCGUGGGGUAGUGAGUAAAUGAUUAUAUGGAAAGGGGUUUAAUAUGGGCCUUCAGGCUCCACUCCGUCCCGCGACGGCAACACGCCUUUCAAGGAUAGGCAGGCACUCCAUACCCUGAUCGUACUCGUGGAAGAGCUCGGCUUCAUGUUAAAGAAGACGUUUGGCGAUGAUACAGCUCUUGGAAACAGGAUGGUGAAACUUUGGCGAUUGUUGCGUAGCUUAAAUAGAAAUAAACCGGUACCUAGGUAAUUAGUUUGCUUCAAUGCUAGAUCAUUCGGAAGCUUGGAUUUUCCGCGUUUUGAUUGGCUAGAGCGCGACGCAAUCUCAUUGUCCCGCUCCUUACAGAGGGGUGCUCACUAUUAAUACUCGCUAUAUUUACAGUGGGC